CUCAGCCCUCACAAGACAUGCUGCAGCUCCAUCGUGCUACGGUUUUUGGGCGCCCGCGCCCUCGCGCGGGAAGUGGCCUUGGCCGGUUGUGUCAACGUGGUUACCUUGUGGAUUGCAGCAAGAUCUAUUUGGACCGCUCCAGUUCGGGUGGCUUCGUGAGCCGCGCGCGUGCGAAGAUCCGGAGGGGCGAGACGCUGGAGCUCGGCGUGGUGCGGCUGCUGCCGGUGGAGGGGAGCCGAUGCCCUUUGGUGCUGCCAUGGAGUGGCUCGCGAUGGGCCAGUGGGAGCGGCUGCCUGCAGUUCUACCACGCCACAUCGCAGCCAGAGGAGGCUUCUGCCAAGGUGGUGCCCACCGGGGAGGAACAGUUCGUCGUCAUUGCCUUGCGAGAUAUCGAGCCCCAUGAAGAACUGGUGCGAUUGGACGAGACCCUCCAUUCCAGAGGCUUCGCCGCCCAGCCCUCUGCGCAGGUGUCCAACGGCGCGGGGGAGGAGAGCCGUUGGAUCGAUUGCUCCAAAGUGGAGGCACGGCCGGACGCCUGGGGCGGCGUGGGGGUCUAUGCGACGCAGCGGAUUUCAAGUGGUGAGCUCGUCGAGCGUGGAGUGGUGCAGCCACUCCCAGUGGAUGGAAAUAUCUGUCAGUACGUCUUCACCUGGAGUGAGGAUCGCUCAGUGUGGGCCACUGGCAGUGGCUGCUCCGUCUUCUACAACGCCUCGUUGGAUGGGUCCGAGAACACGUCGAUGACCCGACACUUGGAGGACGAGACCUUUGAAAUCUUUGCCCUGCGCGACAUCGAGAAGGGCGAAGAGCUGACACAUUUGUACAAAAGCAUCGAAUGGCGAAGUUGCUUCAGGGAGCUGAAGGCCAUUCGUGACGACGCGCUGCAAAGGAAAACACUGGACAACGAGCGAGCGGAAUUCACGGAAUAUUGGGCUGACCACUCCUCCCCCACCAUUGAGACGAUGAUGCUUGACACUGACGCGGCCUCAAUCGACAAGCUGGAACGGCCUGAGAUCCUUUCACAGAUCCCCAGCGUCGCGGGGAAGGAUGUGCUGGAGCUGGGUGCGGGCAUCGGCCGCUUCAGUGGCCUCUUGGCCAGGAAAGCGCGCCGGGUGGUCGCGGUGGACUUCGUGGCGGCGGCCUGCGCGGAGAAUCGGCACGCCAACGCGGAGCAGAAGAACUUGGAAGUGAUCCAGGCAGAUGUGACAGCAUUGCAGCUGGAGCCCACCUCUUUCGACUUGGUUUUUUCCAACUGGCUCUUCAUGUACCUCACCGACGAGGAAUGCCGCGAACUGGCCGCCAAGCUCUUGGGCUGGUUGCGCCCAGGUGGCCACCUCUUCUUCCGAGAGUCUUGCUUUCAUGCCUCAGGCAAUGCGGCCAGGCGCUUCAACCCCACGAAGUACCGCACGCCAGAGCAGUACUCGCAGUUCUUCAGCGAUGCUCUUGCUGAUGGCUUCAGAUACCAACUCUCCGGUACCAACUUUGUCGAGAGUUAUGCCAAGCUGAAAGGCAACAUGCAUCAGUACUGGUUUCGUUGGCAGAAAGUGAGUCCGGCGAACAAGCGCCACUUAAUGAUGCUACAGACUGGACAGUAUGCCCCUGCCAAGAUCUUGCGAUAUGAGAAGAUCUACGGCCGGGGGUACAUCUACACGGGCGGCGAUGAGAUCUCGCAGAAGCUCGUGGACCUGGGCCAGCCAAACCUGCAGCCAGGCGCCAGCGUCCUUGACGUCGGCUGCGGGGCUGGGGGCACGGCCUACUAUUUGGCCUCGCAUUGUCCAGGCAUCUUUGUGCAUGGUGCGAACUGGAGUUCAGAGAUGGCCUCCUUCAAUGCGGGCCGGCUCCCACAGGUGCCGAGCGAGCUGCGUGCACGAGUAAGCUUCGAGCUGACCCCGGAGUGUGGGGUGCCAGAGAAUGAGCUUCGAUAUCCUCCCAACAUCUUCGACUUGGUGGUCAUCCGAGAGACCUUUAUGUAUUUGGAGCCGGAGGACAAGGCAGUGAUCUUGAGAAAAGUCAAGAAGAUGCUCAGGCCCGGCGGACGCGUGUUGAUCAUCGACUACUGCCGGGGUCGCCCGGCACUCUCGCAGACCUUCCAAAGCCACAUCCGGCGCUGGCACUACGACUGCAGUUCUCCAGCAGAGCUCGAAGAACUCUUGGCACACCACUUUGAAGUGAGCCUUGCAGAGGAUCACACUCAAGACUUCAUCAAGUACAUGGAGGAGGGCCUGGCUCGAAUCGAAGAGAACUUGGGGCCGAGCACGUGGAAAGUGGGGCAGAUGGACCUGGACAACUCACAAGAGAAGAUCCAGGACGCCCUGAAGGGCCUCCCUGAGGAAGUGCAGAAGGAAGCCUCUGAGGCGGCCAUGGAGAAGCUGAAGCUCUACAAGGCCUCCAUCGAGUCUGACAUCGAGAUUCAAAAAGAAGAUUACCACUGGGCCAAAGACACAUGGUCUUUGGAGAGGCAAGCAGCCAUGGAUGGAGAUUUGAAGUGGUACAUCUUCGUCGGAAAGAAGGGCGAUCUCUCCAGCUGAGUCACCUCGUUCGGGCCAGCUUCUUGAGGCCCAUAGUCCUUGUGAACAUCGAACGAACCUCCGAAAUACACUCCCUGGAACCAACCUGGAAGUGGAAAGUGAUCCCUUGGAACUGCC